GGAAACGGUAUAUUUGUUUAAAACAAGGCUAAACAAGAGUUUACAAUAAUUUUAAUUGAGUGUGUUAAGUAUACCUGUAUAAAUGUGUUUUGAUACAUUUUUUUCAUUACUACCAUGAGUGGUAAUACAGAAUCAACGGCUAAUAGCAUAAAGUUUGUGCCAAUGCCGAUGUCGGCAUUGUUGGCAAAUUUAGAACUUAUCGAGAAUCAAGCUGAAAGUCCAGAUACCAGUUUUACUGCAGAUAACAAAGAGUCACCAUUUAGUGAUACUGUUGCUAAAAAAUGUAAUGAUGAAGUUAAAACAAUUCGGACAAGAACACCACAACUUAAAAUUUCUAAGGAUAUCAAAACUUUUUCUUCUGAAAGAAAAGGUGUAAAAGAUUUUAACAAGGAAAACACUGGGGACAAUCUUGAAUCAUAUCGGCCAUCAAAUAAAAUGUGUAAAAGUAGUCAAAAAUUGUCUAUAUUCAGGAGCUAUACUGAUGAAAACUGCAAAGAUAUAAAUGUUCUUGCGCCAAACAACACUAACAAUAUAAUUCCCGAAAACAAAUCAAACUCUACAGUCAGAAAACCAUCACCCAUGGUAGCACCAGUAGCUAAAGCUCCAAAUAGCAUACAGAAAACUAACGCAACUACACCUAAGAUCAAAUCAGGCAUCCGGAAAUUUACUCCUGGCUCUGCAAAACACAGUAAUAAGAAAACACCAAAACUAUUAGUGUUGCAGAAUAGAGAAAAAGUAAGAUGUGAAUUAUUUAGACAGAAUCAGGAAAGAGAAGAAGACUCUGCACCAUCAGCACCUGCUCCUGCAUGUGUGCCUGUUCAAGACACACCUUUAAAUUCGAAAGUGCUGCCACCUUCAUAUGCUGCAACUCCAUCAUACCCACAGGGAAAGGCUGGGCCAAAUAACUCAAAAGUUUUAUUCAAAACAACUUCUAUCAAAAAUAAAAAGUAUAUGUUUAUUAAGAAGUUGGGUGCUGGAGGUUCUAGUGAAGUAUAUAAGGUAUUAGAAGUGGGGACAUCAUGUGAAUAUGCUGUGAAAUGUGUCUACUUGAACACUGACCAGGAGAUGGCUCAGGGCUACAUCAAUGAGGUGCGGCUUCUUCGUGAACUGCAGAACUCUGAUAGAGUCAUUAGACUUUUUGAUUACGAGUAUGACCGCGCCAACAAGUUCCUGCGGCUGGUGUUGGAGGUGGGCGAGACAGACCUGUCGUCGUUCCUGAGGGUGCGUGGCGCCGGCCUGCCGCCCGCUCUCGUGCUGCACUACUGGGAGGAGAUGCUGCUGGCUGUCAACUAUAUACACGAGCAUGGUGUGAUCCACGCGGACCUGAAGCCGGCCAACUUCCUGCUGGUGUGCGGGCGACUGAAGCUCAUAGACUUCGGCAUCGCGUCUGCCAUCAGUAGCGACGCCACCAGUGUGGUGCGCGCGCAGGCUGCCGGGACCUACUCCUACAUCAGCCCCGAGGCGCUCAUGGGCGGGGCCGGCGGCUACUCCAACAGCUCCAACAUCAAGAUAUCGUUCAAGUCCGACGUGUGGUCCCUGGGCUGUAUCCUGUACAGCAUGGUGUACGGCCGCACGCCUUUCGGCCACAUCCCCAACCUGGCCAAGCUGGCUGCCAUACUCGAUCCCAACCACCGCAUCGAAUACCCACCUGCCAACCACCUGCCGACGUCGCUGCUGUCAGCGCUCAAGUGGUGCCUCACGUACAACGCGCGCGCGAGACCUGCCGUCCGCGACUUGCUGGCACUGCGGCACCUCCAGACUGAGCCAUGCUCCGCGCAGACCCCGCUGCCGCCGCGGCUUCUCGAGCGACUCAAAGCCCACGUCACUGCGGACGAGUUUGCGAUGCUGCAGCAGGCGAGGAUAUGAUGGACUAGUGUGACAUUCAGUGCACAUACACGGGGACUGGUUGUACCGUUACAUGAGCAACAUGUCACUCCUGUUUCAAGGGUAUGUGUGCUGGUGUAAGUACAAAUAUACAUCGUAUGUCUCUCGGUGACGGCCGCAAAACUCGGAAUUGCAUUACGUUAGGCUGCGCCUUAUUUUUAUUUGGUGGUCUUGAUCACCAAACAAAAUUCUACCAUGAGACUGACACUCAUGGAUAAAAUAUCCACUAUCUCAGAGUAAUAUUUACCCAAAUAUAUAUAUAUAAUAUACACAUAUUGAGCUUCCAUUGUUCUCAAUCAGUACCAAUCUUAGAUCAUAUAUAUAUGUCUAGAAAGACUAUGACAUGAAAACGUCGAAAUAAAUUGACGUUGACAGUUAACCUAUAUUUUGAUCAAUGCACGCAACUUAACACAAAGUGACAUACUAAUCGUGAAUGUAAGACAUAGCUUGUCACGCACACUGAAGUAAUAAUCCUAGCCUGUUUUUAUCGGUUGUCUAGCAGCUUGCUCUAUCUAGAUGUAUAAAUUAUCUAAGAUAGGUAUUUCUUGCAAAUAAUUUAUUUUUCACUGUCAAAUAUCCUUUUUUUAUCUAUUCGUCACUAGCGCACCCAAGUUUGAAUAUUCCUUUAUCCACUGUACAUGUAUAAUAGAGCUAUUUGCCCAAUAAAUUCAAUAUUGACAGCUAGUUUUAAUAUCAUUGUAAAAAUAAAUUAAUAUAAAUAUACUAAAAUACUUCUGAAGUCAUUCUACUAAUAGGUGACUUCAUUUGUUAAUAAUGACUAAAAGAUCUCAUAUUUCUAAUCAACUCUCAAUAUAAGUGGAAGUGAAAAUCGAAAACAUACAAAAAAUAUAAGACAGAGAUAUCGCGAGUGUGGUACAAAUAUCUGGUCGUCCGCAAGAUUGGCUUAUUCGCGAUUACCUGUUUCAUGGACGUUAUUAUCAGAAAAAUUGAUAAGAGUUGCACGGAAAUAUGACAUCCUACAAUAAGGAUUGGUCUCCGCUGCGCUCCAACUAGAUAAAGCAGGCGUAGUCGCUAAGUGCGGCAACUAAAACCACCCCCAAGUGAGCAUAGUCGAGCCAGUCUCCGGCCAGCCACAUGUUCUGUUAAAAAUUGAAACUAAAAUGUCCAGUUGCAUAGUCAAACUAUAAAAAUAAUACUGCAAGAAAUAAGAAAGACACUGGGAUCAAAUAUCAUCAGUAUUUUGAAUUUUAUUAAUUUCAAUGUAAAAUAACACGAAGUGUAUGUUACAAAAUUUGUAAGAUGCCAUUGAGUGUCAAGAUGCCACACUCACAAGUAUCUAAUUGUUGCCGUCAUAAAAAAAACUAUUGUUCUUAGGUAGUGUAGUAUCUAGUUGGAGCGCUGCAGAGACCAAUCCUUAAUCUAAGUAUGACAUCUAUUUCAAUGGUAUUAUAGCGAGCUAAAUUAGGGUAAUUUGGUUACAGCAUGUGGAAAUCGUUCUUCAAGUACCCAGUACUUGUAAUAGGAAAAUUAUAACAUCUGUUUCAAAUACCCACUAGCUUUGUUAACUGCUCGAGAAAGUGUUAACAGUUGCAUACGAAUGUAACAUAUUAUAUUUAAAGUAUAGGAAUUUGGUUGCUUAUUGCUCAUAUUCAAUGUUUUACAUGCCUACAUUCAUGAGUUUGUAAUACAACUUAACUUUGAACUAAAAUAACAUUAAAUUAAAUUAUUAUAAUUUUAGCUAAUUAUAUCAUUGUUUUCUGUAUACUACAAAUAUAUCUUAAUUUACAAAUUGUGUGUAUUGGCGACAUAGGUUAUAGAUACUGAGGAAGUUUAAGCGUUCUUCCACUUGGUUUACUACACUAUUUAAUGGUUUUAAGUGUUUUAAAAUCAUAUUUGGUUUUUUGCUGUGUUGAAUUUAGUCCUGGUGUUUAUUUUUUGAGUUUGUUUCUGAAUUAUAACUACCGUAAUUGCUACCCACGUAGCUUCGAUCAAGAUGUGUGCUCGUCUAUAUUUUCAAUUGAAGCACACUUUAAACAAAACACAAAAAUAUACAUCAGCACACAUCUCAAUAAAUUUAAUUUAAGGUUUUUUUGUUUUAAUAUUACCGUAAUAUACACAUUCGUGUUAUGAUCACAAUGAAUAAAAAUUAGAUAAAGGAACCGAAACUUCGAUGGUAGGUGUAAAUAUACUCCUUAUUUAUAUAAAUAUUUUGUAAAUUAACAUUAGCUAACAUGUGGAUGCAAUAUACAAAAAAAAAUAUACCUAAUUUGGUUUAUAUGAACUGGACUAUAUUUAAAUUCAUCAACAUUGUAUAUAACAUUGUGAAUAAAUAUAUAAAUAAUAAUACUAUAAA